AUGAUGAACGUUUCCACUCAUUCAAUUACACUGAGCUCCCACUGUGUACAAGACAUUUUUCUAGGCACAAGAAAAAGAAGCUUUGCUCUCAAGAAGUUCACAAUCUGGUGCAUAUUACAUAGAAGGCACUCAAAUGUCUAUUUUUAUAAAACUUGGGUCAUAGCUUUGGCUAAUGAGAAGAUCGUCAGGUUUAAGAAGAGUCAAACCGCUAUCUUACUGGGGUGCUCGUCCCCUGCCCCAGCCGGGUGCCACCCCAUAACUCUGGCGGCUGGCACUGACAAAUCGCCAAGCCCCUACAGGCUCCAACUGGCCGCCCUCGCCUCCCCCACGUCCCCGCGCUGCUUCUCAUCCCCUGCCUGGCUGCAUCCCGGAGAGGCUGGGGCUCCCGUAGCGGCGACCACCAGCAGGAGCGACCGCGGGGCUGGGACCUACCUGCCCCCUCCCGCUCCAGGCGGGCCUGACGCUCGCCCGCGCCCUCCAACGGCCGCGCCUGGACCCUCGCCGCGGAGCGGGUCGCCUACGGUGAGGGUGCGGACGCUCACCUCGCAGCCCGCCGCCUCUCGCCCCAGCCCCACGGGGCUCCGCACCCGCCGCCUGCCCACGUCACAGUCCCCGCAGCAGAGCGCGCCGCUCACCGUCCUGCCGGGAGCGCCGGGAGUCACCGCUCGCGGUUCCCUCGCGCGGUUCCCUCGCGCGGUUCCCUCACGCGCCUCCAGCAGCCCGACGGGCCAGCACAGUCUCCGCCGCGGCUCCCGCCUACCUCCGACUGCGAGCCCGCCGCCCUCGCUCCGCCCCUCGCACCGCCCCCUGCCGCGGCAGGUUCGCGAGUUCCCACCCCGCCCCGCGCCGGCGCCGCAGGCCCUGCCACCGCCCAUUGGCUCCACCAGUUGCUAG